GUCGCGUGUCACUCUCCGGUACUUCACAGCUGUCGGUGUAACAGGAGCUUAACUUUAUUCACUAACAGAGACAGAGAUACAGGGACAGCGGCUCGAAACUUCGACACACACGCAGAAAUGCGAUUUAAAACUAAAGGAGUGACUGACCAGAACAUUUCCCAGAUGAAGAAAUGAGUGCUGAAGUUAGUACAAUUCCAGCGUUACACACGUUUUUGGAUUCCUGUUGGUCUAAACCGUUCAAUAGAGUACAUUCAAACGACAUCGCCCCAUGGCUUACGGCCCCCGUGGCUGUUUAUGACCCACCUGUCACCUGUAACUCUAAAAUGGACCCGGAUCAGCCCAACUCAACUCCUGAUGAGUCCACAGAACUGGCCGCAGAGUUUCAGACCCAGCUCGACUUGUUCCUCAAACUGGGGUUUUCCCAGACUCAGGUCCGCGCUGCCUUCCUGAAACUCGGCCUCAGUGCAGACACCAAUAAAGUUUUGGGAGAGCUAAUACAGGCUGGUGGAGAAACUGAGGAACCCACGGGAUCCCCGGUGCUGGUUCCACGUGGAGAUGGUAGCAGUAAGGCCCGAAUUGCCCAGACACACUCUCGUAACUCUCCAGAAGAGCUUGUAGAAGAUGAAGAUGCGCUCCGACCGAUUGUUAUAGAUGGAAGUAAUGUAGCCAUGAGCCAUGGGAACAAGGAAGUUUUCUCCUGUCUGGGAAUUCAGUUAGCAGUGAAUUUUUUCCUGGAGCGAGGUCACACUGACAUCACGGUGUUUGUGCCUUCCUGGAGAAAAGAACAACCACGACCUGAUGUGCCAAUUACAGAUCAGCACAUACUACGAGAUCUCGAGAGGAGAAAACUUCUAGUAUUCACGCCGUCGAGAAGGGUGGCCGGAAAACGUGUGGUUUGCUACGAUGACCGUUUCAUAGUAAAGCUGGCGUAUGACUCCGAUGGCAUCAUUGUGUCCAAUGACACCUAUCGAGAUCUCCAGGGAGAACGUCCAGAAUGGAAACGUUUCAUCGAGGAGAGGCUUUUAAUGUACUCGUUCGUCAAUGAUAAAUUUAUGCCCCCCGAUGACCCCUUGGGAAGACAUGGUCCCACCCUGGACAACUUUCUGAGGAAGACUCCACGUUUACCUAAGAAGCAGCCAUGUCCUUACGGAAAGAAGUGCACUUACGGAAUCAAAUGUAAAUUCCAUCACCCGGAGAGAAGCAAGCAAUCCCAGCGUGCCCUGGCGGACGAGCUACGAGACAAAGCCAAAAUAUCAGCCGCACCUCACAAACCACAGUCCAUCUCUGUUGGGCACAGUCACAGUCCAUCUCUAGAGGAAGUUCUGGAACACAAACUAACCCUGGACCCGAGCGGAUCCCUCAAGAAAAAUUACGCUAGUGAAAACGUACUCGUCAUCAAAGGACCCCCUCAGCCAACUCAGAAGAAGUUUUCUUCGAAGAGAGAACACCACCAUUCACCGACAGGUCUGGGCUCUUAUACUUACGGAUCUCAGGAGUGUUUGGAUUCCGGUUUAGGUUCCUACGAAAGUCAAUUUCCAGAUGCACCCCAGAUCGAGCGCCACUAUGAAAUCGACCACAGGAAGUCCAAACCAUCCACCGGUGGGCGGCACCAUAGCGUUCAAGCUAACAGACAACCAUGCAGUUGCUGCUCCCAUGAAUCUCAAAGCAUUAAUGGAGGCAAUAUGCACCACAGCAUGGGUUUGCCAAACUUACCAAACCCAGAACACAGGGGUUACAGUCAACCUCGCUAUCAUUCAUACGGAGGAGGUCCGGUUUAUCCAUCCGUCAACAUGUCACAGUAUUCGUUUCAUCACAGCAGUGCUCCUCCACCCCAUCAUGGCUACUGGUCAGAUCAUUAUGGUGGUUAUCCUCCAACGUCCCACAAUUCAGUGCAGGAAGAAAGAGGACAUGGGCCUUGGUCUCAUUCCCAGCCCAAUCCUCAGUGGUCCGAGAGGGAGCAGGUGAGGAAAAAAUUGCUGGCAAUUUUCAAUGCACGUCUUGUAGACCGAGCCAUGGAAAUGUUUCCUUACAUCCUUGAUCCGCAAAGACUUGCUGCAGAGAUCUUGACUCUUCAAUCUCAGGGUGGAGCUUUUUAAAGUUGAGGAUGUUGAAGGACUAGUCAAAAAUAUUAAGACUUUUUGGAGCUUAGUUUUUAUGUCUGUUGUGCUCCACCCACAGUGAAACCUCAUUGGUCCAAAAUCCUACAUAGCUGAAAACUCAUUAUGUUUUGUUGCAGUAAAUAAAUACAGUACAGUAUAAUGUUUGUAAUGAUGAUGAAGGCAUUUUUAUGCCAACUUGUGUAAAAGAAAUGAAACUUAAACAAUGGACUGUUGACACACAUCGUGUCUUAAAUUUCGACAUGAACCUUUUUAAGCUAUUUUAAAGGUUUUUGAAUGUAUUUUUAUUACAUGCAUUUGGUAAAUUAACCAAUGGUUGCAUUAACCAACAAGGUGUUCCCUUUUGACUAUAGUUCUCAAGAGUUCAAUAUUUAGUUUUGUCAGCUUUUUAGCAAAACAUGACAUCAGGUGAUGUCCGGACAAUGUGUGAAUUGUGGUUCUGAGGAUCUGCAGUACCAUUUAAGUUAAAUGUGUUGGCACUGUGUGCUUUAACAUUUGUUAAUCCGAGCUAUCAGAACGGUAGAAGUGUACACACCCUUUGGUGUAAUUUCUUAUUUUUAUUGCUUUUUACUUGUGAAAUAUCAUACAGAAUGCAAUUGUUCAAUUCAAAGUUCUCAAAUGUAAAUACCAAAAAUUGCAAAUCAGAAGUUGAACGGUCAUUCCUAGUAUAGAUGAGGAACACUUAAGCAUUUAAGUGCCCUUAUUAGUUUGCAUUGAUUGAAGUCAAAGGGAGUUUAUGAUAUUGUGUAGGCAACAUUUUGCCAUUGUUUCAUUAAACUGCUUUUGCAACAUGUAAAUCUGAAUAUGUUCUCUGUAUGCUUGUGUUUUAUAAACUAAAAAAUAAAUAAAUUGCAUAUUUAUCUACA